AACACAACAGCACUCCCAAAGAACUGGGUACCCAACACUGAGCAGAUCUACUCUUCGAGCUGAAAAUGAUGUGCAGUAGCAAGAGUUUGCUCCUGGCUGCUUUGAUGACAGUGCUGCUGCUCCACCUCUGCAGUAAAACAGAUGCAGCAAGCAACUUUGACUGCUGCCUCCGAUAUACAGAACAUAUCCUUCCUCAUAAAUUUAUUGUGGGCUUCACACAGCAGCUGGCCAACGAAGCUUGUGACAUCAACGCUAUCAUCUUUUACACAAAGAAAAGAUUAGCUGUGUGUGCAGAUCCAAAGAAGAUUUGGGUGAAACAAGCUGUGCGUAUCCUCAGCCAAAGAGUCAAGAGGAUGUAAAAACUCAUGCUCUUCUGGAAUGGAAUUGGACACAGCCCAAGAAGAAGAAGAACCUAGCUGGGGUUGGAGGUUUCAUUUGCACACCGUUGAGGGUUUAGCACUUCUCUGAUUUGCGCCUCAUUGGACUUGUCCAAUUAGUGAAGUUGAUUCAUAUUGCAUCAUAGUUUGCUUUGUUUAAGCAUCUCCUUGAAGUCACACUCUAUUUUAUGUUAAAUUAUUUAUAGCUGUACAUUGUCUGUGUUUAGCUAUUUAAUACGAAUUUCCUAUAAGCUAUUUGGUUUAGUGCAAGGUAUAGAAUUAUGUUUGGGGGGAUAAGAUCAUAUGGGCUGUCUUGUAAGCAACAGCUAUUUUUUUUUAAAAAGCUAUUUAACAUUCUUCUGUUUAUAUAGUUU